AUGGGUAUCCUGUCCCGUAUCCGACAACGAUCGUCCAGUAUACAUCAUGAUACAUCAAGCCGCGUAUCAUCCUCCCCUGCACCCCACUCCCCGUCCGCUUCAAACCUUCUCUCUACCCCCCAAACGCCUGGGACGCCUGGCACAAGCUACAACCCCAGCUCACCUGCUGCGGCUUCGAUAUCGUCCAAAAAGUCCAGACGGCCAUGGAAGAAGAGGGAAGAGUCGGAAGAUGUCAUUGGAACCAAGUCUAGCUGGGGGAGGAAGAGUGUAGGCAAAGACUUGGAGAAGGAAAAGGAGACGGAGAAGGGGGGUGAUGAGAGUAUAGGUGGAGACUCGCAGUAUGCCGACUUUACGCCACCGCCCGUACCAGCUCUGUCACUCCCUGCGCUGGGAUCCAAAGAGGGGUAUCAGUCUAGCCCCCUCUUGAACAAGACGCCAUCAUCAACAGGCGAUCAAGAAAAGGGCAAGUCCCGCACUAAUAGCGGCGUCUUCAAGCAAGACGGAGGACUGUUAGGAAAGCUCAAUUUCGAGCGUGGGGACAGAGAACGAAAGGUCUCCAACUCUAGCUUCAUUCUCAAAGUGGAACCGGAACUCAAGCCCUCCCCGCCGAGACGAUCCAGCGUGCCCGGCACGCCUUCAGAAGAAGGUGAAUCGCUAGUCGUGAUCGACAGCCGUGAUCUCUCCCCGGAGAAGGACGAGAAGACUCCAGAGUCUAAGCACCCACUUUCAACGUCCGUAAUGACCCAUGAUAGUCAGCAGGAGGAAGAUCCGAUGGAGGUGCUGGAGUCUGCUGAGAAGAAGCACAAGUUUUGGAAGAGUAAAGGAAAGGUCAAUAGACAUUCCAGAGUCAUGAGUGAAUCUCAAAUCGAGAGGCCUGAAUCGCCCUCUCCCGUCAAGCUUCCUACAUCAUCCACGGCCGACAACUUGUCUAGCCAGGCGAGAAGGUCCUCCGAGUCUACUAGACCAGCUCGACCUCCGCCCCUCCGCAGACCAUCGUCCUCCUUCCUUGCCAACCCUUUCAACCGAUCAGUCUCCCGAGCAGGAAAAAGAUCCCCAGCUACCGACGAAGGGACUUUUCAGCUCAGAGGCUUUCGACACGUAUCAGGCAUGUCUGACGUUGAAAGCGCCGGCAAAUUGGAAGGCUAUCUUUCGCACGCCAAGCGCGAGUCGGUCUUGGCACUCGUCAAGUCGACUACGUCUGUCGACGACAGUAUCCCCUCUCACUCACCUUCGGCCUACUCGGCUCCGCGCCAUUCGAGCUACGUUCCUCUGACCAGGCCGCCCAGUGCUGCUCCGUCACUUGUCUCUCUUGACGAUGUCCUCACUAGCUCCAAUCGGGUCAGUGUUGGUGCAUUCCGAAAGGGUCUCCGACGGCCGAGUGCUCAGUUGACGAGUACCAUGAGCGAUGUCGGGCACGGGGCGAGUCGGUAUGAUGAAGAUGACGACGACGUGCCCCUAGCUAUGCGUCAAGUCUCUCAGCCAGUUAUCCGACCAAAAAGCUCGCAAUCGCUGUCAAGCAUGCGAGGGCUUGGGCUGACCAAUGUUGGGGGCAUCGCGGUACCGAAUGAGAUUGAGACUGUCGCGCAAGUUGCUCCCGAGCCUGGACAUCAAGAAGUGUCGGGGCGAGAGAUUGACAGGACGGAGAGCCCGGCUCUCAGUUUCCAAGUGCGACCACGAACACGGAACAGGACCAGCUCUGGCUUUGUAGUAAAGGGGAGAAGUCCGAAAAGCCCACCCGAGAGUUUGGCAAAGAGUCCAGCCGAUUCCUACUUUCCUUCCAUGGCCAAUGCGUCAGACUCUCUGCGAGCAAGCCCCGUACAAACCCGCGUUUCUUCUCCUGCCAAUGGUGAAAGUAAAUCUGUCACGCCCCUGCCACGUUCCCCGGCAGAGGCUUCUGAGGAGGUCUACAGCACUCCCCCGACUGCGGCCAGACCUGUGUCUUUGCAUUUUUUGAAGCCAAAGCCUGAUUUCGGCGAGCAUGCUUUCCCCUCGCCCCUCGAUACGGCCAGGCAGCCUUCUCAAUACCUGAGUCGAUCUCAAGAGUCUCAAUCUGCUCUGAGAUCACCACCUCCUCCAGAGCCCCUCGGUCUGCCCGAGCCAGGACAGGUUUCUCCCACUCUAUCUACUCUCAACCUUCCUUUGCCGCCUGAUCAGAUGCCCGAUACACCACCAAAGGGUCCUGUACCUCUCCAUCAGCUCUCUCUCCGCCAAGACUCUGGUGGUCCUCAGGCUACUUCUCCAGGUACGCCAAAAAAGCGACUGUCAUUGUUGGAAGAGCCAAUGCGGUAUCUGUCGGGUCUUUGGACAUCUCCGGGUGCUGGGGAGGAUGGUUUUGAUCCGGUAUUGGCGGCAAACUCUCUGAGAAUAUUCGGAGGUGAUGAAGUCCAGUCGCCGACCACAGCGGAUGAUAAGGACAUGGCGUUUGUCGACAGACAAGCGUCUCCGACUCCCGUUUCCGCGCCUGCUCCUAUUGCCGAGCGUGUAAGGUGUCCACUAUCCGAGCGGCUGGCGGGGGUGGCAGCUCUCAGCGCUUCCGGAUCCUCUGGAAACUUGGCAAAACCGGAGUUUGAAAAGCUCAAGACUGGCGAUGAUAUGCUUCAACCCCAGCGCGACAUGGACGACGCAAAGUCACCUGCGAGCGAUGAUACUGCUACUCCCGUAUACCGACCCAGUCCCCGUCCAUUCUCUAGCUUCAUGAAGCCUUCCACUAGCAAGCGCGGAGAGAAUGAGGAAAGCGGCAGUGAGACCGAGGGCGAGCGUCCUGGUCCUUCCGUCCAGGAAUCCCGUCGAGUACAGUCUCUCUCGCUUCGCCAAUCCACCAGACGGGCCCCGGGAGGACCUCGACAUCCCAACCGCUCAAGCCGCAUUGCGUCUAUGCCCAUUACCACCUCUCAGAUGGCGCGUAAAGAGUCCAUUGCGAGAAACAUUCACAUUGGGGACAGCGACGAUGACGACAAGCCGCUCUACACUGUAAAGCGUCGUAUGCCCAGAUCCUCGUUGGCUGCGGGCAAGUCUCCCGUAUAUGGUCAAUCUGAUCUGCCUACACCACCUACGAGUAUUGCCAAUGCUAGCCUGAAGUCAGCUAGUCCCCCUGAGCGGCGUAGGCCUCUUAUCGAUAUGGCUCCUGUUGUACCCAUCACGCCUCGCUCCAUUGGCGAGAGUUCUGUCGAAUCUGCUUCAAUCUCAAACAGACCGCCCGACAGAUCUCAAACUUCGACCCCGGCGUCUGGUCAGCUACCUUCGCCAGUGAAGGCCCAAGUCAGGUUUGAUAGCCCUGCAAAGAGGCCGGCGAAUCCGCGAAGGACUACGGGCGGGAGUGACAAGGGUUCGAGGAAAGGCGAAAGUGGUGUGCGCAGGAGCAACAGCCGAGAAGCUUUGCAGAACGGCCAAGAGCGCGAUAGACGGGAACGCAGGAGAUCAGAAACGGGCUCAAGACAUCCAUCGCCUUAUGAUCCUCCUGUGCAAGCUCAAAUGGGCACUCAGCCCAUGCCGGAUAUGCAGCAAACGUCCCAAGAAGCUUAUCUGGCAUGGCAAAAGCACCAAUGGCAAAUGCAAUACCUAGCUGCCGCUUAUCGUGCCUCCGAGGACGAGUGGGAACGCCAAAGCGCCGUGUCAGGUUCUACAAACCAAGGCCCAUCUUCCCAAUUCUCGCCUUAUUCCAUGCCCCCCAUGCCCAUGUUCAACCCAAACAUGAACAUGAUGAACACGGGAAUGCCUAUGGGCUACCCAGGGUUCCCGCAGAUGCCUCAACAAAUGCCCCCGCAAAUGUUUAACCCUUUCUUCGGGAUGGGUCAACCGCAACAUAUGCAGCAAGGAAACGGUGGUGGCUAUGCCUAUGGGAAGGGUGCGCAAUCGGUGUUUGGGGGCGAAUUUGGCCCGCCCUCGAAUAUGCCUUCUCAGCAGCGCCAGAUGAACGAGGCUAUACGGACAAGUUCCAUUGAUCAAAAUAUCUCGCCUCCUCGCAAGUCGCACAACGAUCAACGAGCCAAGACUAGAAGCACCUCGGCUCUUGGUGUGAGGAGACCAUCUGCUACUGAGCCAUCUCCUCUCAAGGAUCGACUGGCACAGCAUCCUUCGGGCGUCUUCCUGGGGUUACUGGCGGAAAGGGAAAAGGUCGAGUUGCGGGAACAGAUGGAGCGAUCUGCACACGAGAAUCUAGAGAAACAGCGUAGGGUGUCCAAGGAGGGCAAGAGUAGUGAGCCUAGACGAAAUACGCAGUCUCGUGUUUCACCACCGUCAAGCUGGAGUCGGCGGUCCGGAGAGUGGUCCAGUGGAGAACACGGAGCGAGUUCGCGGCCCAAUGGAGGCAGAGCUUCAAUGGCGGCUUGA